UUUAAUUUUCAUAUACAGAAAAACAAAGAAUCGACAAUGUCUGUCGAUAAACAAGAAUAUCACCGUGCGUCAAACGCGAUGGUGUUUGGCGGUAUGAUCACAUAUAUUGCUGGCUUAUUUUUGCUAAUGGCAUUCACAAGUCCGUAUUGGAUCGAGUCGUACCAAGAGACAUUCAAUAGUUUCAAGCACAUGGGACUUUGGGAGUAUUGUUUUGAACAAUUUAGAUAUCCAUAUUAUCAAUUUGAUAAACAAUUUGACGGAUGUCACCACAUUUUCUCAGAGGAAUACUAUGUAAUUCGUGAGUGGCUACUACCAGGAUGGCUAAUGGUAGUGCAGGCAUUUGUCACUCUUGCCCUUCUGCUAUCAUUUUUUGCACAAGUUAUGAUUGCACUGACCCUUAUUCGUUGGCCAUUGAAAUUUGUAUUGAAUUAUGAAUGGCUUCUCUCUGCAUCUGCCUUCUUGUGCUGUGCAGCUGCAGGCACUCUGUUAUUCUUAGCGGUAUCAAUAUUUGGAGGACAAUGUUGGCGCAGGGAUUGGUUAAUGUAUCCAAACUUUAACCACUUGUCCUGGUCGUACGGUUUAGCAGUUGUUUCAUUCAUGUUUCACUGGUUAGCUGCAUUCUUACUUUACCUGGAUGCUAGAGCUGGUCACAGAAUGCGCAAAGAAUCUCACAACUUAGUGAUGCAAAUGCAACCUAAUCCACAGACUCAUCAAGGAUUACAAAGAGGAGGAUACAUAUAACUGAA